UGCAUCCCGAGUUGUAAUAGAUAAAAAGACCAAAUGGCCAAACCACCACCGGUGCUAAACUCGGAGUGCACUGGAGAAGAUCAGAUAAAUCCAAACAGACGCACUCCGCACCGACCUCCUCGAAUAGAGAACCCUACUUCCGUCGUCACCCCUUUACCAGGGCACCGAUCUGAUGUGGGAGGGAGCUCUUCGGCUAGUACACCUUACAGCCCAAAUUUAUAUGCCAACCGAUCCCCACAGUGUAUGCUAGUAAGAAGACCACCCCCUUUUUCAAGAACUUCUAGUGGGUACUUCUCAUUUGAAGUGAGUCCUGCUCCUGUGUACUGUGAUAAAGCCACCCAGACUCCAAGCCUUCCGUGCCAGGCCUUCAAUCAUUAUUUAUCCGAAAUGGCUGCCAGAAAUCCUAAUAUUGUAGACUUGCGGCCAGAAAUCUGGAUUGCACGUGAACUCCGUCGUAUUGGAGAUGAGUUUGAUGCCAUCUAUAACCCCAGAAGAGGUCUUCUGGAUAACCGGCACAGGGGUGUGGAUAAUGACCAAGUUAUUAUCUUGCGUGUGCUACGUUAUAUAAUUCGACUCAUAUGGAGAAUGCAAUGACUUUGUGCUUUGAAGGACAAAUGAACU